UCGCUGGGCUGUCAAACCCCAAAAAACUAGGGUUUUAAAAGGUUUCUUUUUUAUCUUCCUCGCUUCCUUCGCCAGUCUCUCCAUUCUCUCUUGCUUGCGAAGAUGAGCAGCGACAAGGACAACAACUUGAACAUGUCUGAUCUCACUGCCGCUCUUAACGAGGAGGAUCGAGCGGGGCUUGUCAACGCUCUUAAGAACAAGUUGCAGAGUUUGGCUGGACAACACUCAGAUGUCCUUGAGAACUUGAGUCCUGCUGUCAGGAAGCGUGUUGAGGUUCUUAGAGACAUUCAGAACCAACAUGAUGAAAUUGAAGCAAAGUUUUUCGAGGAGAGAGCAGCCCUAGAAGCUAAAUAUCAGAAAUUGUAUCAGCCUUUCUAUACCAAGCGAUAUGAGAUUGUCACCGGAGUGGUUGAAGUUGAAGGUGCACCAGAAGAAGCAAAAACAGAACAAGGAGAAGAUAAAGCUGCUGAAGAGAAAGGAGUACCUGAUUUCUGGCUUAUCGCACUGAAGAACAAUGAAAUUACAGCUGAGGAGAUAACUGAGCGAGAUGAAGGAGCUCUCAAGUAUCUCAAAGACAUCAAGUGGAACAGGGUUGAAGAACCAAAAGGGUUCAAGCUCGAGUUUUUCUUUGAUGAGAACCCUUACUUCAAGAACACAGUCUUGACCAAGACAUAUCACAUGAUUGAUGAAGAUGAGCCUAUCCUUGAGAAGGCCAUUGGGACGGAGAUUGAGUGGUAUCCUGGAAAAUGUUUGACUCAGAAGAUCCUUAAAAAGAAGCCAAAGAAGGGAUCCAAAAACACAAAGCCGAUCACUAAGACCGAGGAGUGUGAGAGUUUCUUCAACUUUUUCAGUCCACCUCAAGUUCCUGAUGACGAGGAGGAUCUUGAUGAUGACAUGGCUGAAGAACUCCAAGCCCAAAUGGAGCAUGACUAUGAUAUAGGAUCAACCAUUAAAGAGAAAAUUAUCUCGCAUGCGGUGUCAUGGUUCACUGGGGAAGCUGUUGACCCAGAUGACCUUGAGUUGGAUGAUGAUGAGAUUGAUGAAGAUGAUGAUGAGGAGGACGAGGAAGAUGAUGAUGAAGAGGACGAAGAUGAUGAUGAGGAGGACGAGGAAGAAGAACAAGGAAAGAAAAGCAGAAAGAAGUCAUCAGCUGGGCACAAGAAGUCUGGAAGAAGUCAGCUUGCGGAAGGUCAACAAGGUGAGAGACCACCGGAGUGUAAGCAGCAGUGAGGAGUUGCGCUUAUUUAUGAAGAAGAGAAGAAAGAAAAGAGUCUGGUCUUUGUGAGACGAGGUCGUGUUUCUUAAUAUGGAGAGUCAUGGUCUAGUUUAUAUGAUUUAAGUAUCAAGUUUUGGGUGGUCGUUUGUUUUUUUUUAAAACAAAAUUGUUCUUUGGUUUGGUUUGGUUUGGUUUGGUUUGUGUCUUAUUUUUUAUUUUGUAAUGUGUGGUCUCGAUGAACUGGUCUGAAUUAUUGUCGAAUUGGUCAAAUUUUUAGUCAA